CGCCACUGCUUUCUCUCUCUCUCUCGGAUCACAGCAGCGAGCCAGGGCCAAGCCAAAACCCCUUCGAUUCCUCUCGCUGCGCACCGAAUUCGAGCGCGUUUCGUUCGUAAAACCCUCGGGAAUCCGGCUUGGUUUCGCCUGGUUGAAUCGGAGGAGUAUUCGGCCGAUCGAUUGGAGUGUUUGGUCUGCGAUUCGCGUGGUGCUGGGGAGGGAGAUGGACGCCCGCAAGUUCAAAGUCUUCGACUCUCUGCCGGCGUAGCGAAGAGCGGGCGAGCAAAGUAGUUGACAUGGCGAAACGCGUGUAUCAAGUCUGGAAGGGGAGCAAUAAAUUCUUUCUUGGUGGGAGGUUAAUAUUUGGUCCAGAUGCGCGGUCACUGCUUGUCACCUUAUUGCUGAUAAUUGUUCCAGUUAUUAUUUUUUGUGUAUUUGUGGCAAGGCAUCUUCGCCAUGCAUUUUCGCCAUACAAUGCAGGAUAUGCAGUUUUGACGGCUGCAAUUGUCUUUACUGUCUAUGUAUUGGUGCUGCUGCUUCUUACAUCAGCCCAGGAUCCAGGUAUUGUACCACGUAAUGCACAUCCACCUGAGGAAGAAUUGCGUUAUGACACUUCAGUAUCAGUUGAGGUUGGGGGAAGACAAACACCAACCUUGCAGUUUCCUCGGUCAAAAGAGGUUAUGGUUAAUGGUAUUCCUGUCAGAGUGAAGUAUUGUGACACCUGCAUGCUGUAUCGCCCUCCCCGUUGCUCUCAUUGCUCAAUUUGUAACAACUGUGUGGAGCGUUUUGAUCACCAUUGCCCUUGGGUGGGCCAAUGCAUUGGACUGCGCAACUACCGUUACUUCUUUUGUUUCGUCUCCUCUGCAAUGCUUCUUUGCAUAUAUGUGUUUGCCAUGUCAGCUUUUUACAUAAAGGUUUUGAUGGAUGAUCAUAAAGGCACUGUUUGGGUGGCAAUGAAGGAAUCUCCUGCAUCGGUGAUACUAAUGGCUUAUUGUUUUAUUUCACUAUGGUUUGUGGGUGGACUAACGGGCUUUCAUCUGUACCUUAUUAGCUCAAACCAGACUACGUAUGAAAAUUUCCGUUACAGAUCUGACAAUAGGAUCAAUGUUUAUGACCGAGGUUGUUUAAAUAAUUUUCUAGAAGUAUUCUGCUCAAAGGUAAAGCCUUCAAGGAACGAUUUCCGAGCCAUUGUACAAGAGGAGAUACAAAGGCCGCCUCCUUUGCCGUCGGCGAGGGAAGCAGCAGCAGCAGAGGAUUUUGGGGAGGAUCGGCGUGUAAAGGUAGAAGAUGACUUAGAGAUAGGCCGGGAUCUAUUGAAGAUCUCCCAGCGGCAUAACAUUGAUGAUAUCGACGCUGACAUACGCAGCAGAGGGAGCGAUGUGCAUCACCAUAAUUCAUCAGAGGUCGACUCCGUCUUGGGUUCUGAUCGUCGACCCCCCACGGACCAGUCAGACACACAUCACUCAAGUUGGGGAAGGAGAAGUGGGAGCUGGGAAAUUGCACCUGAGGCCCUUGGCGUGAACAACUCCAAUGCCUCUGAGAGCAGAAACUAUGCUACUCCAAGGGAUGCACCUCAGUAAGGCCAGGGCCAGAACCAGUGCCAGUGACUGGAAUGAAGGAUUCCGUGAUGAUUUAAAGGAGUGGUGUUGAAAUGGCUGAUGUUUUUAUAACACUGAAUUCAUCUUUAAUGUUGUGUGGUUUGGGAGGGAUUUUGCAGCUGACUGGGAAAUACAUUUAUGAUGCAGCAACUCAAAUUUAAACCACCCUCCCAACACCCCCCCCCCCCCCCCCCCCCCCCUCUCGAGUGGUGUGAAUCUGUAUUUCCUGUUUUCUUUCUUUAUUUUUUUCUUUCUUUUCUCAUUUUUUACCUUUUCCUAUUCUAAAUUAUUCUCUGUGAAUGCCAGGAACUCUUAUUUUUUUCCCCUUAAAAAAGCAGUUAAAUAGAAAUGCACAAUUGGUUUGGAAGAGUCU